CUUCUUCAUUCGCAAUCUGCCAAACCGAAGCAUCCGAUCGCAAGCAAAACCCUCGCAAUCUUCCACUGCUCCUCCGAUUCGGUUGACCUUACCGAAUUACGCAGAUCUCUCCUCGAAAUCUCGAUUUUUUUUUAACCCUUUCUGGAACCCUAAAGGGGGAUGUAGGUUGCAGCUGUGUUUGGUUCUUUCCUGCCCCCUUUGUUGUCGGUGUGGGAAUUGAACGAUCGUGGGGAAGGAUUUUAUGGCGUCUGGGCCGCUAGUCGGCGCCGGAGGUGACGGUUCCCGCGGUAAUCACAGAUGGACGGAGAGCGGCAAGGUCUACGCGCGCAAGUCCUUCAACAAGAUCCCUAGAUCCUCGCCCAAUUCCCAGCCACCUGCGCAGGCCUCGGCCGCUGAAGAAGAAGAUGAGGAACUUGGCUCCGUCCGCCGUCAAAAAUCGCAUCUUCCUCCCGCUGCCGACGAUGCCUCGUUCAGGUCGAAGCGACUCUCGGCCGAGGCCAAUGGCCAUGGCCGCAUCGCCACCGUCAGCCUUGCUCCCAGUUCGCGUCAGGAGGUGCGGGACCUGCGCAGGAAGCUGGCCUCCGAGCUCGAGCAGAUCCGCACCCUCUCCCGCCGUCUGGAGGCCCAUGAGCCCCUGGUCGCCUCCGCUGCUGGAUACGCACAUUCACAGCUCUCGGCUACUGAUCCAAACACGCCUGUCUCCACAAAGAGAGCAUCGGAGGCCGCCACGCCUACGACUGCCCCUGCUGGACAAUUCCGCCCUUUCGUCAGCGUCUCUGUUGAUUUCACGAACGAUAACCUAGGGGAGGGAGCGGAGAAGGAGAAGCGGACUCCGAAGGUCAACCAGUACUAUAAGAAUUCUGAUUUCCUUCUAGGGAAGGAUAAAUUAUCACAGCCUGAUCCUCAUAGCCAGAAGAAAUCCAAGACGAAUACUGGAAAGAAGCAAUCUUUGGGGUUAUCAGAAUUCGACAGUUCCCCCAUGGAUGAGAAGAAGAUCUAUGCACAAGCCUUCAAGAGUUGUGGCUUACUUCUCUCCAAGCUGAUGAAGCACAAGUUUGGCUGGGUGUUCAACAAGCCAGUUGAUGCCAAGGCGCUUGGUCUCCAUGAUUAUUAUACCAUUAUCAAGCAUCCGAUGGACUUUGGCACAGUUAAGUCUCGGCUUGCUAAGAACUGGUACAGCUCCCCACGAGAUUUUGCUGAGGAUGUUAGGCUGACCUUUCGCAAUGCCAUGACUUACAAUCCAAAGGGACAGGAUGUCCACGUCAUGGCUGAUCAACUUCUGCAACUGUUUGAGGAGCUGUGGCCUGCCAUUGAGGGUGAGUUCUCCUAUCUUGCCUAUCCACCAGCCUCAAACUCAAAGAAGCCUCGGCCUGGUGACAUGAGAAUGUUGGAGAGGUCAGAUUCCACCGUGCAUCCUGUUGCAGUUGAACAAAAAAUAAAGCCAGUGAGCCACCCAAUGCACAUAGGUCGAGCACCAGCUCUAAAGAAACCUAAGGCCAAGGAUCUGAAUAAGAGGGACAUGACCUUUGAGGAGAAGCAGAGACUAAGUAAUAACUUGCAAAAUCUGCCUCCAGAGAAGUUGGAGAACAUCGUGCAGAUUAUUAAGAAGAGAAAUUUUUCUCUUAGCCAACAUGAUGAUGAGAUUGAAGUUGAUAUAGAUAGUGUUGAUGUGGAGACACUUUGGGAGCUGGAUAGAUUUAUGACAAAUUACAAGAAGAGUCUGAGCAAGAACAAGAGGAAGGCUGAGCUUGCAAUUCUCGCCAAGUCUGAGACUGAAGUUGAUGCACGUGAAACAUCACAUGAAAAGACUCACAAUCCAAUUGUUACUGAGUUGCUUGAGAAUAGCAAGAAAGUGGUGGAUGAGAAAUAUGUAGCUUCUUCUUCACCUGUUGGAGGACAAAAGAAGGGAGAUAAUGGAAGUCGAUCUAGUUCAAGCAGCUCUAGUAGUGGUUCUGGAUCUUCAUCUACUGAUUCAGAUAGUGAAAGUUCCUCUGCAUAUGGUUCAGAUGCUGCGCAUUCACCUAGAACAUGAACUUACUUGGGAAAGAAUCCAGUUGCACAUUAAAUCAGAUGGCCGCUGGACUAAUGAUCUGGGAUAAUGCUAUAAAACACACUGGUGGUGGUAACUGGGAACAUGGACUCUGACUGAAAACAGUAUGUUAUGUGAUGCAUGAAGAUAUGAUAUUAUCUAGUUGUAGUGUUUAAGUAGUCAUGGUUUGACAUCACUGAAAGUGGUAGAAAGCCUUCUGGUCUCGUUUCCAGUUCCUCAUUCAUGCAAAUAGCCAUUGUAGGGUGUAAUUUAUUCAAAAUAAUUAUUUAGUUAGGUGUUUGUCCUGCACCUCCGAAUGAUGUAUAUUUAGUUCCUCAGCAGCCCAGCCAUCCAGCCUGACUUGUAUAACUCACCAUGUGUAAAAAAAUCUGACACCACCAAUUCUGUACCAUUGUUGUGUACGUCUCAUUGCAUCAUUUGUUUGCUUGAUCCUGUGAUUUCCGGAUUAUAGAUGCUAAUUGGAUUUGUGUUGGUCAAA